AUGAAAGACCGAGGAAGAGUAAAGCUGUGACUCCAGUCCAAAACGGUUCUACGGCGGCAUUUACUCUCUCUCUCCUACCACAGUCUCGGCAGCUUCUCAUCUCCGAUCCUCCGCGUAACGACGGUGAAUUCUUCAUCUCCGCCGCGCUAAGGGAGUUCAUCCAUAUUGACCUAGAUGGACCAGUAUGAAAAAAUUGAGAAGAUUGGGGAAGGAACAUAUGGUGUAGUGUACAAGGCCCGUGCUCUUGCAACUAAUGAAACCGUUGCUCUAAAAAAAAUACGGCUAGAGCAAGAGGAUGAAGGAGUGCCAAGCACAGCUAUUAGAGAAAUUUCUCUUUUGAAAGAGAUGCAGCACGGAAACAUUGUGAGGUUACUGGAUGUGGUUCACAGUGAGAAGCGAUUAUAUCUAGUCUUUGAAUAUCUUGACUUGGAUUUGAAGAAGCACAUGGAUUCAUGUCCCGAAUUCUCUAAGGAUCGCCGUGUUAUAAAAACAUUUGUGUAUCAAAUUCUCCGUGGUAUUGCUUAUUGUCAUUCUCAUAGAGUUCUUCACCGAGAUCUGAAGCCUCAGAACUUGCUGAUAGAUCCACGCACCAAUGUGUUAAAGCUUGCAGAUUUUGGAUUGGGUAGAGCAUUUGGCAUUCCUGUUAGAACUUUCACUCAUGAGGUGGUGACAUUAUGGUACAGGGCACCAGAAAUACUUCUUGGAUCAAGGCACUACUCUACUCCGGUUGAUGUAUGGUCAGCUGGUUGCAUAUUUGCUGAGAUGGUUAACCAGCGGCCCCUUUUUCCUGGUGACUCAGAGAUUGAUGAACUUUUCAAGAUUUUCAGAGUGGUGGGUACUCCAAAUGAGGAUACAUGGCCUGGAGUGACUUCUUUGCCUGACUAUAAAUCUGCAUUUCCAAAAUGGCCUCCUAAGGAUCUGGCAACUGUAGUCCUAAAUCUUGAUACAGCAGGACUUGAUCUCCUUGGUAAAAUGCUCUGCUUGGACCCCAGCAAGAGAAUCACCGCCAGGAGUGCCCUUGAACAUGAGUACUUCAAGGAUAUUGGCUGUGUUCCAUGACUCUUUUCAUCUUCAUCAACAAUGCGAACACAAAUUUGGUAUGUUAACUACUGGGUGAUCUUAACACAGCGUUCUUCGCCAUCACAAUUUGUGUUAAUAGUUUUGGUUCUUAGGUUCAGUAGCAUUCAUACUUCCGCAAGAAUUCACUGAAUUACUAUUCGUGAUUGGAUUGCUGUGCGUUUAAUAUUUUUGCGUAGUUUGAUACUGGAAUUGAAGAACAAAAUGAUGAUCGACGUAGUCAUUUAUACUUGAUUACUAUUCCUGGAGGGUGUAGGCUAUAGUUCAGGUUUACCAAGUUAUGUUUAAUACUGUAUGAAUUUUUUUCUUGAUCCUACAAUAGAGAGACUGGCUUCUCAAUAUUCAGGACUCCUCAAGAACUACUGCUAUUUUGGUAGGAAAAUUGUGGAAAGGAAAACUAGUUGAAUCAUAGUAGUAGCAGUUAGCUCGUACUAUUUUGUUCCCCAUGAAUUGUAAUUAGAUGAUUGUGUCUCUUCAUCUCUAUUUUUCCUUUUGUUUUUAAUCUUGGAACUAAAACUAAACAUAGGAAUUAGUGUAUUUUUUUGUAUCGGAACCACCUCUCAACCCCGCAAGGGUAUGGGAUAAGGCUUGCCUAUAUUUUAUCCUUCCCAGAUCCCAUUCGUGGGACUA